AUGCAUUCCUCAAAAUUGCGUUUGAGUGACCCGUGGAGCAUGGAGAAAGAGAGCUUGAAUCCAUCUCACCUACCAGAAUUAGGACCUCAAUUGGGACUCUAUCUGACCCCCGCUGAGGAUUCUGGACUGUUCGUUGGAAGCAACAGUAUUCAUCAUCAACCGGAAGAACUGUACAAUUCACCUUCUCGUGAUUCAUGGCAAUACUCUCCUCAACCAGUUCCUUUGGAUUCUCUUUUAUUCGACCCCGAGCCAACGAAUCAGUCUUACGGAGACGGAUUCAACCUACAACCUUCCUCCAUCGCGACAUACACCGCUACCGAUGGCUCCCUGGAAAUGGGACCACCUACAAACCCGUCGACACGCCAAGUCCCCCAGAUAUUCGUCGAUAUCUCAGCACUCGACCCCACACCGCCCUUGGCGUUUCCUCAGGGCCAUAUUUACUCUCCUGUGGAAUACACACCCACAUCCAGUGGGUACGCAGGUUACUCUACCUUGGGACAGUCUAGUCCAUCAAGCGGCGGUUCGUUACCUCCAACUACACCUGCAAUGUCUCCGCUAGCCGGGGGACAUACGUUCGUCAAUCAUUCUCCCAGUUCACCGACUUCGCCUUUUGUAAAUUCGUCUGAUCUUCAGAUGCUUCCGAAUUUCUGCUACGGUGUAGACGAUGCUCCGCAGACUGUGCCAGACAUUGCGGCCCGUUAUGCAUCCUCUCAUGACGGCCCAUUGGUUCCCCAGAGGACAUAUCGUCCUCACACUCAGAGCGACAGGCGGCGUUACGUCGAGGAAGUCAAGCUUGAGGAACCCAUCAUGUUCUUCACGACCGAUCCGGCUGUUUGCGGCAUCCCUCUUUGUGAUGCGCUCACAAGCAAGUUCAUGCGCUUGGUUGGCCGGGACGAUCUGAUGUUCGUUAACCGUGGCCCAUCCGUUUCCAUCAGGCUCAUGUGGCCAGGAUAUGUGCCGUGGAGUAGACAGAUACCGACCAGGGAUUUCAGAACACCUCCUGGUCCCAUCACUCGCUCUAAACUGGCUAAGAAUGUUGCAAAGACCAUACAGCGGUUUUUAGAUGAGAUGCAGCAACAGCGGAUGGAAGAGGAUGCUGAUCGCCGAUGGCGUGUUGGCAACAACCAUAUUCGGCUGGAGCACCUGGUCCUCGUAGGACUUCAACACGUUUCGAUGGGCAGCUGGCAGGCCUAUAUCCGCCUCCGUAGACCAAUGUUGGUACCGUCAUGA